AGACGCCCAGUGCAAUCACAUGAUUUCUGUCUUGUGACAGACCCGAUAGCAGGAAAACGAUUUUGAGUUUUUAAAGGAGUUUACGUAAACAACUUUGAAGGUUAGUGGACCAGAGAUGAGUUGGUAAUCGAAAUGGUGUUAAUUUAAAUUGUAUCCAGUCUUAACAAUAAGUCGUCUUAAUUAGACCAAGUGGUGAUGGGUUUGGGGGAUAUUACCGACUUGGCGCAUGGCGAGUGGUGAAGUUUCUAGUUUCUUGGUCGCGUUGUCUUUGUUUUGUCACACGCUGUUACUCUGUUAGUCGCGCUCAGGCACUUUUGAGGGUUGUAUGACGCCCAGGGAUAAGCCAACCAAAAAUCAAGAUCUCAAGGUGAGAGUGCAGGCAGCUGAGAAAUCAGAUAUAUAGAAAAUCUCAAAGCGUUAACAGCCCAUGUCAGAUAUGGAUAACAAACCCCUUCUGCAAGACAAGCCCCCAGCCUAUAACACCGUCUCGGGGGCGUAUGAAUAUGGGCAACAGCAAAAUUAUGGCGCUAUCCCAGCGGCUGGCCCGCCACCUCCUGGAUUUCAGCAGCCACCGCCGCCCUAUCACUAUCCUGAUGGACAAGCUUAUCCAGCUGUACCAGGCCAGAUGCCAGCUGUGGCUCAGCAGCCAAACUACACAAACACUUACACCAUUAUCCAGCCCUCAGUGGUUGUGGUAGGGGGUUGUCCUGCUUGCAGGGUUGGGGUGCUUGAGGACGACUUCACCUGUUUGGGUAUCAUGUGCGCCAUCUUCUUCUUCCCCAUCGGCAUCCUCUUCUGCCUCGCCCUGCGCCAGCGGAGGUGCCCCAACUGUGGCGCCACCUUUGGGUAGAGCCACCGAGGACCAAACGGAGCGGUGGCCAGAACGGCGGCUACGAUGGCGGCGGCGGCGGCCCAGUCCUGGCUUCUCUUGCCAAUGCUUUUAUCCAUCUUUCAUCAAUCAUGUUUGCACACCAGUAAUGCCAUGCAUACAAAAAAAAGUGUAUUGAUAAUGAGAAUCUUAUUUUUUAAGAUGCAUGUGAUAACUUUAUUGUUAAUUUGUACGUAACGAGACAAGGUUAAUUAUCGACGACUCCGUGAUUAGCUGCCCCAAUCCAGACCUCUUUCAUUCAAUCAUUGGUGCCUUUACUAAGUCAGAGUGUGACCUGCAACUGGAGCUGAAGAUCUUACGCUCCUGUCAGCAGCACAGUAACUCAACCCCCCCACCUAAAGCUCUACAUUGGACUAGCAGACAGAUGGAGGAGGACUCUUGCUGUCGCACCACACUGGACUGACUAAAGCAGGAGAAGCGGAAUUAGAUGAAGACCAUCAUGACGCCCAUUGUUUUUAAACAAUGCAGGUCACUCUGGGCGAUGCAGUGAUCUGAACAGUUGCCGCUGGUCAGUGCAUUCUGGGAGAAGGGAAUAAGAAGCUGUUCCAAUCAUACGUCUCCCGUUGCACGGAAGACUUCUGGCCAAAAUGGUGUACACUUAAACAAUCACUCAAUCCACCACAGAGAAGUAAACCUGCUGUUCUUCUCUCUCUCUCUCUCCCUCUCUCUCUCUUCCCUUCCCUGAGGCCCUAUCUUAAUCGUAUUUUUAUCUGGGGAUCCUCAUAAACUGAUUCGAUGACUGCUACAGAGUUGGUUCUCUCUCAUCAACAGUCCUUUUUUACGAGUCAGUUUGCUUGUUUAGAUGCUGUUUAUCACGAAAAUAACUGCACCAAGUUUAUACAAAUAUAUAGUUUUUGUUCAGAGACAGCGGUUCUUGCCUGUUUCUUCUCUUUCGGGGGCCAUAUUAAUCCUUGCACUGCACUGAUUUUCGCAUUUAGUAUUGGGAUGAACACUGCUUUUUGUAUGAAAUGGAUGAUGCUUUCUGAUAAUGUUUUGUCUGUCUGUAUGUACAUAUAUGCAGCCUUCAGGUAAACUGCAUAGCGUGGCUGUGCUUAGGCUCUGCUGGCCUCAGAGAGUUGGCUAAAAAUAAAAAUAUAAACUUAAGUUGCAAUAAAGUUGUUUUUAAGUCAUGCCACAGCCGCAUGCCAGAGGAGUUUCAAUGCACAUGAUUUUUGUUUGCUUUUGUUAGGUGAUGUAUACUGAAGCCAAUAUUUGUUUCGGUAAUGACUUUAAAAACUGUCAUUUUAAUCAUGUAUGAGUUGAAAAAUGUCUUAUUUUUUAUGUUGCUUGUUUCCCUCUCCUCCUGUCCCUCUGUAUGUAUGUAUGUGUGUGUGAAAGACUUGCUAAUUGUAAAGUUAAAUGAAAGGGUAUUUUAAUUUCCCCCUCUGUCUCCUUCAGAACACGCCAGUGCAUGCCGCCAUGAUCAGUCAGCACUUUUUUUUAUAUGAGAGAAAUACUGUAAAUUAAAGUAUAUGAGUGCAACGUG